AUGUAUGGACGUCAGACCAUCCUUGAAAUGAUCAGAAAGGCGUUAUGGUGGAGGAACCCGGUGUGGGAUGUCAUCGGUCUGUCGCUGCCGACUUCGAUCUUCACCUCUCUCCUCCUGGCCCCUUCCUGGUGCGCCGUGCCUCUGGGUUGCUGUCGUCAAGGUUUACGGUUCUGUAAAGUUUCUCAACACCCUGCUUCCAUGAUGAGGAUCGCUAUUGCAGGAGGCGGCUCCUUUGCCUACAUUCUAGCCCAGGAGAUCUCCAAGAGUGCUCAUCCCCCCCAUCCCGAGUUCGAAGAAAACCUUCCUUCCUGCCAGCUCGCCCUAGUAGACUACCAAAACGUCGAAGACCUGCACUACGUUCUCCGCGGCGUCGACCUCCUCAUCUCCACCAUCUCCAACAACGAGCAGCUCAACCUCAUUGACGCCGCCCGCCGUGCCCGCGUCCGGUGCUUCGUCCCUUCCGAGUUCGAGGGGCCGCUUUCCCAGCGCCCACCGGCCAACUCAAUCGACCCGCUCGACAACCGCGGCUCCCGCGCCGCUUUGGACCUUUUAGAAAGCUGGUCCCAAUCCCGCUCGCACCGGAUGAACUACACCGUGUUCUCAUGCGGAAUCUUCAUGGAAAGGUUUGCCCGCGGUGGGCUUCAGCCUUGGGGAAUUGGGACACAGCUGGGCUUGAUGGGGCCGAUGCCAACGUGUGAUUAUUUGGUGAAUAUUGAACAGGGCACGGCGGAGGUGGUGGAGCGGGAUGCCCAGGGACGGAUGGCGUAUGUGGCUAUGACGAGUAUGUAUGAUGUUGCGAGGUUCGUGGCGGCGGCGGUGGAGUUGACGGGAGUGGGAGCGUUGGGAUUACCGUUGGAGAGGUGGCCGAGGGAGUGGAGGGUUAGGGGGGAUUGUAUGGCGGUAGGGGAGGUGGUAAGGGUUUGUGAGGCUGUUAGGGGUGCCCAGUUCAGCGUCACAAGACGGUCCUAUCAAGAGGCUGAGGCCUGGGCGAAUGAAUGCCAACUUGCUGGCGAUGUCGCGACAUCUUUCUACUAUCAGAGGCUGUUGCAGACUGCUAAUGGGAGGUAUUGUAUUCGCUCGACGAACCUCGGCGAGUUGGUUAAUCAGAGCGAGAGGACGGCUUUUCAGCCGAUGAGAUUCAGGACGUGGUUGGAGCAGGUUUGGGGACGUGUUCUGUAG